AAACCAUGACAGUGACAUUUGACAAUUAAAUAAACACUUCUUUCGUUUUCCAAUUUAUUUUGUUUAGCAGAUUUAGCUAUUAAUAUUUUAUAAUCAAAAUGAAUCUAAAAGUUGUAUUUCAGAAGCACAUAUUAUAAUAAAGGUGAUAAGUGAAAUAUUAUAUAUCAUUGGUACAUAAAUUCUGGUAAAAUCACGAAUAUCGUCUCAUACACUUCGCUGUAUCACACAAUACAAGCGAGUACAACUUUCCUCUAUGAAUAAUAAUCUAAAUUAUGGACGAGAGACGCCUACGUAGAGGAGUGUAUCCAACAGCAAAACAAAAGAAAAAAUUGAUCGAGUUGGUGGCGAAAUAUCCAGACCUAGUAUCGUGCAAAGUGAGACAAGGAUUUAAUUACACUGAUGCUCAUAAGCUGUGGCAAAACAUCGCAAUUGAAUGUAACGCUAUUCCCGGUGCAAGAAAAACUUGGAGACAGUGGAAGAAGACUUGGCAAGACAUCAGAUCCAAAACAAAGAGAAGACACACGUCCGACAACCUUCCAGCCUCACUGAUAAUGUUGACACACGCAGAGAAAGAAGCGCUGGGCUUGAAAAACGUCUCUUCGACCACCAACUACCAGACUGAGGAGGAAACAGAAUUUGUUACAUUACAGGCAGAGGCAAUACCGGAAACAACAAACAUGAACGAAAUGGAUUCAAUAGCUACAUACAGUGAUGCGGAAUCACUGCCUGAAGAGAAAGUGUUUCCAACAACCAAUCAUAAAGUAACUAAGUUAAAAAAUGCCAUAAAAAAUGGUUCAAAAUGUGCAAACAGUUGUUUCUUCAACUGUGACAUGCUGUCCGUACAAGAGCAACGUAAAUUACAGUUAAAAGAGGAAUAUAUCAAUUUCAAAAAAGAUUAUCUAAGACAAAAAUUAAAACUGAUGAAAGAACAAACGGAAGCAUUGAAAGAUAUUGCGAGAGAACUCUCUAAAUAGUACAUAAUUAAGAUAUAGGGCAGAGAAAAAGUGUUCAAGUGUUAAACAUAUAAAGUUUUUAUUUCUUUAACACAGUUUCUUAGAGUUAAGCAAUAUGAAUGGUUAAAAGGGUGGCUGCAAUAAAACACCAGUAACUGUGAAAGGUUUUCCACAAUUAUUUUUUUAAAUCCUCUCACAGUCUGACAUGUAUUUUGCAUUUGCUGAAUUUUAUGAUCAAUUAUGUUUGACAACACAUUGAGGAUUGUUAUAUGAAUAUAUAUUAUGUAACCCAAUUAAUUACAGUGGAAUAUUUCUUAUUAGCAAAUUAUGUAUAGUAUUUUAUCUAUAUUUGCACCCAGUAUGGUUCUUUGUAAAUAGUAAUUGUAGAUAAUAAAUGCAACAAAUAUAAAUGUGUAAGUUAUAUGAAGAUGUUUAUAUGUUUGCUGUAAACAUUAAUUACUAGAUGGUUAUGGGCAAAAUUUGACACAGAGUUAGAACAAACAAUUUUUUUUUCUUCUUUUUAUCAGUGAAAAAUUAACAGGUAUCUUUAUACUCAAAAGGAUGUAUUUUGUCAGCAAAAACUAGUAUAUCAUAAAUAUUCAAUUAUAAAAGUUUGAAAAGUGUAAAUAAUGACUAAAAGCUGUGUUUUAAUAGAUAUAUGUAUAUUUAUAAUUAAUUUUAAAUAUUAUUUUUUAUUUUAAUGUGACAGAAAAAACAAUACGCUUAUUGUAUUGCUAGACUUAUUUAAUUUUAUUACGAAAGUCUAAGGGAUUUAGGUUUAAAAAUGAGUGUAUUCACAUUUUCCAUGUUCAACAACAUGAUGUCUAAAACAAUUAAUUGUCUUAAUGUCUAUUAUUGUUUAAUCAUUUGUGUUUUUAUUUAUGUCACAAUAAUUAUUUACUUUCAAUAAAUAUUGUAAUUACGAGAGCUA